AAACGUUUGCCGACAUCAGUCGACACGCAAGUAUAUGUACAAUGAAUUGGUUUUAUCAAGUGUUGUGUGCUAUGGCGCAGCAGAAGAGAGGAUGACAAAAGGAGACGGAAAAUACACGGACCCUCCUGACGUGUGGAGCGACGCCAGGACACCAGGGGAGACACAGUUAAGAGGUCUAGUGUCAUCUUUGCUUGAGCGGAUGGAACGCCAGGAGACCAGACUUCGGCAGUUAGAGAGGACAGUCAGUGAUCAUGUGGAGGAUUUGAAACUAAAGGAUAUACGGAUACGUCAUUUGGAGCGGGAACUUCAAGAACUGAAAAUAGCUUCCAAUCCGAUUCUCGGAAAAGUGGACAAACAUCUGUCCAAUGUUUCCGCUCUCUACGCAAAUCCUUCUUCUCCUCGAGAGACCUCCAGGAAUUCGAACACUUCUAAACAGGCGCCUGAAGGAAACUCGCCCAAAGAAACGCCAACGAAAUCCAUCAGAGUGUCACCCGUCGAUCCCAGUAGGCCGAGUGCAUUUAGCGUAUCUCUGAGUAAGAAUUUUGUGUCACAUUCCGGAAUGAUUAUACUAUUUGAUGAUGUUCUACUGGAUACAAACGGUAACUAUAACAAAGGAGAUGGGAUUUACCAAGUUCCAUCCAGCGGAGUGUACGUAUUCACAUGGGUUAUGACUGGAGAAUUGACGGAAUGGUUAUCCACAGAGCUUGUUGUCAACGGGUCAUCACGCGGGUCAACAAUAACCAACACUAACCUUGGGUCUGCGUAUGAUUGCUCCACCGGUGUGAUCUUAACAUCGGUCAGCGCUGGAGAUCAUGUCUUUAUUCGGUCGGUGAGAGGCGGAACAGUGCGAAGCGUUCCCCACCAUAGUACUUCGAUGUUCUCAGGGUGGCGUCUAUCCUAGAUCCAUAUUUCAGAGUCCAAAUAUCAUAAGUAAUAUAAUGCCCUUCAAGUUUGCCAUUUUACUCUUGAUAUUUAUUAAAACGGUAUUAUUUUUGUU